CUGACCCGCUGACACCGGUAGUGACGUGAAAAUGGCGUCCUCCGCUGCCCGGCUCGGCACACGCUGGUUGUCAGCAUCAGUUUCUUCUUCUGGACGUCGUAGCGGUCGUUUCCUAAAUGUCUCCGCCAGAAAUACGGGAGUUUGUUCAGCGACGGUGUCGCAGACGAACCGGGGAGGGGUAGCGGUUCCCCUGAGCUCGUGGACACGGCGACAUGUCGUGACAUUGAGAGGGCUGACAGCAGGCACAAGAUGCCCCCAUGGCACUACAUGCCACUCUUUUCAUACUAGUAGCAUGUUUGCAAACAAGCAGGACUUCUAUGAAGUUUUGGGUGUCUCCCGCACUGCCUCUCAGAAGGACAUCAAGAAGGCAUACUACCAGCUGGCAAAGAAGUACCACCCAGACACCAACCCAGAUGACCCAGAGGCCAAAGAGAAGUUUGCCAAGCUGGCUGAAGCCUAUGAGGUGCUGAGCGAUGAGGUAAAGAAGAAACAGUACGACACAUACGGAGCGGCAGGCUUCGACCCAAACCGUGGGGCAGGCCAGCAGCAGUACUACAGGGCUGGGGGGACCAGCAUAGACCCUGAAGAGCUCUUCAGGAAGAUCUUUGGAGAGUUUACUGGUGGAAUGGGCUUCGGAGGCUUUAACAACAUGUUUGAACAAAGACCCGAGUUUGUGAUGGAGCUUACGUUUUCGGAGGCAGCGAAAGGCGCUAGUAAGGAGCUUAGUGUAAAUAUUGAUGACAACUGCUCGAGGUGUGAUGGAAAGGGCAGCGAGCCGGGCACCAAGGUGUCUCAUUGUCACUAUUGCAACGGCACUGGCAUGGAGUCAAUCAACACGGGUCCUUUUAUGAUGCGCACUACCUGUCGACGCUGUGGUGGGAAGGGAUCAAUCAUAACCACACCCUGCGCGUUGUGCCGAGGUUCAGGCCAGACCAAGAAGAGGCAGACGGUCACUGUACCAGUACCUGCCGGAGUGGACGAUGGUCAGACGGUUCGCAUGUCAGUAGGGAAUGGUGAAAUCCUCAUUACAUUCAGGGUCCAGAGAAGCCCAGUGUUCAGGCGCAAUGGAAUUAACAUCCACUCAGAUGUGUUGAUCUCUAUAGCUCAGGCCAUCCUGGGGGGCACAGCCAAAGCUCAGGGCCUCUAUGAAACAAUCAGUAUAGUGAUUCCUCCAGCUUGCCAGGCCGAUCAGGUGAUCCGGCUGCAGGGAAAAGGCAUUCGGAGGAUGAACAGCUACACCUAUGGAGAUCACUACGUUCACAUUAAGAUCAGAGUGCCAAAGAAGUUGACUCGUAGGCAGCGCUCGCUGUUGCUGACUUAUGCUGAAGAAGAGACAGAUGUUCAGGGGACUGUCAACGGUGUCGAUCCUUCUGCAGGUGGGGGCAGCAGCAGCACUUCAGAUUCUGGUUCGAAGUCGACCAGCUCAGAGGGGGGACAGGACAAGCAGCAGCAGGAAGAAGGAGGCUUCUUCUCUAAACUAAAGAAUUUUUUUAGCUGACACUCAGGAAAACCACGGUAAACAUGCUGAAGGAACGAAACACAUUCACUGACUGCGCCUCCGUGCUGUCUCCUCCUGCUGUGGGGAUUGAGCAAGGAGGAAGAAGAGAGAGGGGCAGAGUGGUAUUUGUGUUGACACAGUCGCACAUUGUUGAAGCUGCGGUUGGCAAACAGUCCAUGUCAACGCCAGGUCCACCUACGCACCCACUGGUGCGUCACCACAGACAGGUGCUGAGCGGAAAAAUGGAAGAAGAGGAACAAGUCGGCAACUAUAGAGGGCUAGUAAGCAGGGAACUUUCUUCCCUGCUUACUGUGUUUGAAAGUGGAUUUCUUAUUGAGCACUCAGACAGUAACUCUACUAAAUAAAAAAUAAAAAAAUAAAAAAGUAAGCUGAACCAGAAACAUGUCAGGCAAGAAUUAAAGGUUAAAUAAAUUGGAAGAGGAUGAUUUUAUUGUAUCACCAACAUUUCCACUGCACUCUCAUCUGAAUGGGACACUGACCAGUACCUUAUUUUUAGUGUGCAGUCACUUAAAAGAAUAAAAGACACACAGGAUGAUAGUUGUAUGGGUUUUAGGAAACACUGAAGAUCCAGUUCUGUGAAAUGUGUUAAAGGAAAAUUCAAAUACCACAGCAAGAAGUAAAACCAGGGAAUAUGUAACUCUUGAGUCUGAUUUGUUUGUACCUGUGUGUGACAAUAAAAC